AUGAAUGACGAACUGAUGGAAGCAAUUAGUGAAAGCUACAGGAAAAUACACAAGAAGAUAGACGAAUGUAUUGUAUGCGUCAGAAACAACAGUAAACCUGAUUUAAGUAAUGAAAUCAAAGAAUUAUCUCAAAAAAUCAAUAAUCUUGAAAAAAGGCUGAGUAAAAACGAAGGUCUUGAGGUACAAUUUGACGGAAACUGUGACCUAUUUAAGAGUUCACAGACAAAUGAGGACUGUUUCAACAUCGAUUACCUGAAUGAGAAUGCGACUGAUAAGAAAUCUAUAAAAAAUGAAUACAAAAUACCCAAUACCAUGUCGAGUAAACCAAACACAUCACUAAAUAAAGCAAAAUCAACUGCACUACCAAUAAAUACAAAACCAACAACACCAAAAAACAGACACGUGAAUCCAAUAUCAAGAACCACUGUUAUCAAACCUGACAAACAAAUCAGAUUCAACAAAAGUGAGAUGUUCAUAGCCUGUGAGAAUGAGAUGCCCCACAAUGAUAUUAAAUGA